AUGGAAAAAACUGAUGAAGAUCCCAACCUGCCGAGCAAAAUCAUAUGGGUUGAAAUACUCCCAAGGCUACCGCGAAAGAAACUGAUGCAGUUUCGGUGUGUUAGCAAAUCAUGGAAAGCUCUCCUCUCUGCUAACCCUGGAUUUUGGAGGAUCCAUCGAAACUUCCACCCCCACAACACCGGUUAUCUCCUUUUUAAAGCUCACAGCGGCUCCGCCUUCGGCUCUGGCUCCGAUGUUACCCGAAAGCACUACCUUCUCCUCGUCAAAGCCGGCCAAGACAGAAAUACUCCAUCAUAUGUCACUGACCUUAUGCCACUGCCCUUUCAAAUCAUCAAAACGCCAUAUGCUAACAGCUUGGUAUUAGGGCGCAGUGGUUGGAUUAAUGAUCCCAUUUAUAUAUAUAACCCCUUCGCCCAAGAUUCUGUUAUUGUUCCCAAUCCUACUUUCGAAUAUGAACAGUUGUCUAUCGGCUUCAGUCCUAGAACAAACGAGUAUAAGGUUGUGGCAACCUUGCGUGUUCCAGGUUACGUAGCAACCUUGCGUGUUGAAGGUUUAGUAGGAUUUAAGAUUUUCACACUAGGUCAAUGUUCAUGGAGAGACAUGGUGGUAGACUGGUAUGACCUGUCAUUUGUUCAUCCUCCGUCUUCGGACUUCUGGAACAGUACUGUAUGUGUCCAUGGAGUUCUACACUGGUUAGCUCCUAGUGAUGAAGUUAUAUUUGCUCUUGACAUUGGAGAUGAGAGGUUUAGAAUCAUACCAGUACCUUCUCACAUUCGAAGUUCCAAAAAGAUUAUCGAAGUGGAUGGAUGUCUUUGUAUAGUAUGUGAGACUGGGAAGGUGUGGAUUUUGAAGGACUACAUACAUCAAGUGUGGGUUGCGGAGACCAUCGAAUUUCCCCGUCGAAUUUUCCGCUUGCCUCAGUGUGCCAGCGACACCGGUGAGCUUGUAUUUGGCGUUUCUAAAGACAAUUAUCUCCAAUUAUAUGACAGGAAAAGUAAAAGCUCUCGGCAGAGUGAAAUCAUUUUUCCCAAAAUGUUUAGUGAUCUAGGAUUGAGACUGGAUUAUUCUGAUGAUCGCUGUGACGAUUGUAUUGUUCCCUUACAGUGA